UCGAGUGACAUUGUGACGCCGUGACAAGUAUAUAACCGCCGUGCCACUCUGCCGAGAGGGCAGUGAAUUGCGUGUUUCCUGUCUACGAACUACCGCCAGCACCGUGUAAGACGUAUUAUUGUAUUCCAUUCGCAUUUCAAGAUGAGCUCCGCCGAUUGGGACAGCAAGACCGUCAUUGGAUUCAGGGCCAAGGCUCCAAAGGUCGCUAGAAAUGCUUCUGACUUGAACGGUGAGCAACUAGUUCCAUAUUUGAUAGCGAGGAGAGCUGGGGCCGUGGUUGCGACGGAGAAGAAGACGACGGCUGGUGGGAACAAGGGUCAUACUGGGCCGGAUCACCAACGUAUAGCCAAGCUUGACCGUGAAAACGAGGUUGCACCUCCCCCGAAGGUCAACCCCACUGUCGGCAAGGCUAUCCAAACUGCGCGCAUGGAAAAGAGCAUGACGCAGAAGGAUCUCGCCCAGAAGACCAACGAGAAGCCGUCAGUUAUUCAAGAUUAUGAAUCCGGAAAGGCCAUUCCUAACCCCCAAAUCCUCGGUAAAUUAGAGAGGGCGCUCGGGGUGAAACUACGUGGCGCCGAAAUUGGGAAGAAACUGGAGGGGCCGAAGAAAUCAUAAGUCGUCGGUCCCUCCGUAGACACUGCAUGACGUCUGUACCACCGUGGAUAGACAACAUCACCUUACUAUCAUAGACCUCGGACAUCAAAUGUAUUGCUUGGAAUAUCAUGCCAUUAUUGCGACAACGUUAUUCUCGAACGCUGUCCUAGUUCAGGCCUGGAGGGAGAUUUUCCUGCCGCGCUAAUAUCGGCUCGAGCCAGUUGUCCGGUCCCGAAGGGCGAUGUUGCUUAUGGGUAUCCGUUCCAGCCAAUUACUCUGUUGCCUUGACUGCCACAUAGAUACUAGAGUCAGACAUGGACUAAUAUGUGGUGAAAUAUCGAGCAGCGUUGUGUUUCUCAAGUGAUCCCAACGAUGCAGGACUUUUCCUGGGUCACGAAGUUCGCGGAUUUGGAGUAAGUCCAUCAGAGCAAGUCUGGAAGCAGGUUCCUACACAGCCGUCCGCUGUCAGUUUGAGGGCUGUGUAUUAGUCUAGAA